AUGAAUAUAGAGAAACACGAGCAAGAUUUAAAUAAGUUUACAAAAUAUAUUUGGGUACGAGAAAACAACUGUUUUAAGAAGGUAGAAGUACUAGAUGAAGAUCUUAUGACACUUACAACCAUUGAUAAUGUCAAGUAUAACACCAAUGAUGUUUUUAAUGUAAAUCCUAUACAAUUUGAUAAUAUUUCUAAUUUGGCUAAUCUCACAUAUCUUAAUAUUCCAUCUAUAUUGGAUGUUUUAAAAAACAGAUACUUUGAGAAUAAGAAUUUUACAGAGUCUGGUUUGUUUUUAAUUAGUAUUAAUCCUUAUAGAAAAAAUUUUACAAGCUUAUCAAAUGAUUUUGAUCUUAAGGAAACAAAAGAUGAUGAACCAAAUAUUUAUAAAACGGCUCAGAAAGUAUAUAAUUCUUUAUGUGAGAGUAACAGGAGUCAGUCAAUAUUGGUAACUGGUGAAUCUGGUGCAGGUAAGACAGUGAAUACUAGAAAAUUGAUUGAAUUUUUAGGAAUGUUAAAUAACAGAGAAUUAGAUGAUAUCAACAAUUUAUUGAUUUUAUCUAAUCCUAUAUUGGAAUCAUUUGGUAAUGCUAAGACUGUUAAAAAUGAUAAUUCUUCAAGAUUUGGUAAGUUUGUACAGAUUUAUUUCCAAAACAAUCAGAUUAUUGGUGGUAAAAUUGAAAAGUAUCUUUUAGAGCUAUCAAGAGUUACACAUAUUAAUUCUAAUGAAAGAAAUUAUCACAUAUUUUAUUAUUUGUUAAAUAGCGGUAAUAAAAAUUUAUUAGAUAUGCUUAAAUUGGAGGGUAAUGAUUUUGGUUGUCUAAAAAAUGGAUGUUAUACAGCUGAUACAAUUAACGAUAAAGAAAGUUUUAAAAUGUUACGAUCAGGAUUGAAAAUGUUUAAUAUUGAUGAAAUUAAGAUAUUUAGAACUAUAGCUGCAAUUUUACAUAUGUCAAAUAUAGAAAUAAUUAAUAUUAAUAACUCUUUAAAAAUAAAGGAUAAGAAGAAGGUUUCAUUUAUUUCUUCACUACUUUCAAUUGAUGAAAAAUCAUUUGUUGAAUCGAUAAUAGAACCUAAAAUGUGUGCAGGUGGAUAUGAUGUAAUCAAUAUAAGUAGAGAUAUAAAAAAUUGUUAUAAGAUAUUAGAAACAAUCAUAAAGACACUAUAUAAUAAUCUAUUUAAUACAAUACUCGAACAUAUUAAUAAUAAGUUAGCUAAUGAAAUCAACCAAAGAAGUCUUUAUAACAACAUAUUUAUUGGAAUAUUGGAUAUAGCAGGAUUUGAGAUAUUUGAGGAAAACGGAUAUGAACAAUUAUUAAUUAAUUAUACAAAUGAGAAAUUACAGCAAUACUUUAAUCAUAAGAUGUUUAUAGAGGAACAAAAAAUUUACAAAGAAGAAGGUGUUAAAUGGAAUUAUAUUGAUUUUGGAUUAGAUUUAGAGCCAACUAUACAAACAAUUGAGAAUAAAGCAGGAAUAUUAUCAUUAAUAGAUCAAUGUUCAAUAUUGAAUAGUAAAGAAGAAGAUUUAGUAAAUAAUAUAAAGAAGAUCAAAUUAGUAGUAGAUGUAAAACAUAAAGUAGAUUCAUUUAAAUUGAAACAUUAUGCAGGUGAAGUUGAGUAUAAAGUAGAUAAUUGGGUUGAAAAGAAUAAGCAUAUAUCAAGUACAGAAGUAGAUGAUUUAUUUAAUAUAAAAUCAGAUACCGGUAAAUUAGGAAUAUUUAGAACAAUAUCACAAGAACAUAAAGAAAAUCUUAAACAGUUAAUGAAAGUUCUUAAUAAUACCGAUCCUCAUUAUAUAAGAUGUAUAUUGCCUAAUCUUGAUAAACAGCCUUAUAAAUUUGAUAGUGAGUUAAUUGUAAAUCAAUUAAAAUGUAACGGUGUGUUAGAAGGGUUAAGAAUAUCAAGAUUGGGAUUUCCUACUAAAAUAUUCUUUAAUGAUUUUAUAUCAAAUUAUAGUAUUUGUUUAAGUAAUUUACCGGCAUAUAAGAAUAACAUAAAUAAUUUGAUUAGAAUAUUAAAAGAAAUGAAUAUUAUUAAUGAUAAUAAUUAUUUAAUAGGAAAAAAUAGAAUAUUUUUUAAACAAGGAAUAUUGGGUGAGUUAGAAAAUAUAAAAAUACAGUAUUUAAUUAAGAAUGGUAAUUUAUUAAGAAAAAUAGUUAGUGUUAAAGUUAGUGAGAUAAAAAUUAUAAGAAGUAGAAUGAUUGAAAAUAUAAGAGAGAAUGUUGAUAUGGCAAUUGAUUUUAAUAAUUUUAAAUGGUGGAGAUUGUUCUUAAAAAUUAAACCUUUGUUAAAUGGAAAUAGUGAAAAUAAGAUGGUAAAGUUAGGUAAAGAGAAUAAAGAAUUGAGUGAAAGGAAUAUAAAAUUAAAUGAUGAUCUCAUUGAUAUAACUAAUAAAUAUAAUGACUUAAUAGAAGAUAUCAAUAAUGAUUAUGUUAAUUUAUAUAAUAAAGCAACAGGUAUAAAAAAUGAUUUAGAUAUUACUAUUAAAGAAGAUAAAUCAAUAUUAGAUGAUUUGUGUGAUAAAAUAAAAAGAAUAGAUUUAUCUAAUAAGAAUGAUGCUAUUAAAAACUUAGAAGAGUUGGUAAAAAAGUUAAAAAAUGAAAAUAAUGAACUUUUUAAUAAAAACAGUUUAUUAUUAACAGAAGUAAAUAGUUGUAAAAAUAAAAUGAUAGUACUUGAGAAUGAUAACAAUAACCUUGAAGAUAAAAAUGUAUACCUAAAAAAGAAAAUAAAUCAAAUGGAUUUACUAAUAAAAAAUAACAUGAAUAAAUAUGAACCUGUUAAAGAAACUAACAUAGUUAAUUAUGAAGAAAAGAUUCAAUUAUUAGAGAAUAUAAAUAAGGAGUUAAAGAAUGAUAAAGAUAAGUUGUAUAAUGAAAAUAUAAGUUUAAGCAAGAAAAGUAUAGAAGAUAUGUUUAAAAUGGAUCGAGAAUUAAAAAAUUUAACAAAUAAGUACACAUUAGAGGUUAAUAGACUUAAAGAAGAGAAUAACAGAUUGACAGAGGAAUUAAAUAAAGAAGAGAGUAGUGAUGGGAUUAACAUGGAUUCUAUUUAUAGAAACAAAGAUUAUAUAGAUAAAAUCAAUGAACUGGAGUUAAAAAAUUAUGAUUUAGAAAAUAGACUUAAAAACUUAAAUAUUAAAGAUUUUAAGAAUGAGUUAAUAAGAAUGAAAACAACAAUUAACAGUCUUUAUAAAGAUUUUAUAAAUAGGUUUAUAAAUCUUAUAAAAGAAAAAGAUGAAUAUUAUAAAAACAUUAUACUUGAUUUGGAAAGUGAGGGAAUCAAUGAAGAAAAUAAAGAAUUGAAUGGAUUAGUAGUUAAUAAAUUGAAAUUAAAGUUAUUAAAAGAAGAAAAUAAAAAGUUAACUAAACUUUAUAAUGAAAGAGAAGAAAGUUUAUUGAAAUAUAAAGAAUUAUUAGAUAAUAAAGUGAGUUAUUAUAAAGAAAGAAUGGAAAACAUAGAAAAAAAUUAUGAAGUUAUAAGUGAAGGAAUGAGUAAGUUUAUUAAGAAUAACAAGAUAGAUAAAGAAUUAAUAAAUAUUAAUAUUAAUAAGAUGAAUAAUGAAAGUAUAAACAGUAGUGUUUUAUUAGAAAGUAAUGAAGUUUAUAAAGUAAAGAUAAAUCAAUUAGAAAGAGAGAAUGAAGAUUUAAAAAUUGGUAUGGAAUUAUUAAAAGAAUAUGUAAAUAAGAAGAAGAAAUAA